UGCCGGGGCAACGGUCAUUUUGGUCUGAGUGCCCCGCGAAGAUCGAAGGCGGCCUCCACGGAUGGACGUCCUGAGAGGAGAAUGGCUUCAACAAGGAAAACCAGCCAUCCCAUGCACGAUAUCUUUGGUGAUUUCAGUGAUAUUUCCUCAGAAGAUUCAAAGAUGGAAGAAAUCAGAAACUUGAAAAUCAGUAGGAACCUCACCAAAAGAGCUCCCAGUCAUAGCAGAUUUCUGAAAAGAAGCCAAACUCUGGAUGAAAAACACUUAUUCCCGAAAGAGGAUACUGGCCUGGGGAGUGGGCCCCGGCUGUCCUCAGGGAGACCCCUGACCACUGCCUCAAAGCUAAGGACCAGCGCUGCGCUCAGGAAGCUGGCCCAGAUUGAAUCUAAGAUCAUGAACCGGAAGGUGCAGAUGGACUUGUCUGACAUGGAAUCCAACCCAGAGACCUCCAGCAGAGCAGACAAAAUUCCUCCCAGGAGUACAGUUGAACUUUCUAAACAGAAUACAGGCAAAACCUCCCAGGAGCAGGCCUGUGAAAUUCCUGUCGCUGAGAGCAACACACUGAAAGGGAAGGCCAGUAGGUUUCUAAAGAAGAGAGGGCCACCCAUGGAAAACCUAUUCCCUAAAGCCCACUUUGGGACAGAGAGGAAUUUUCCAACACCCAAAGAAAAAGAACCUACUAGAAAAUUGGAUUCUCCAGACAGUGAUGAAGAGGAAAUGAAAGAGUUGCUGGGAAGCUUGAAGGAAUCUUCUAGCGAAAAAGAAAUACACAUGAAACAGGGUUUCACCAGCACCAGAUUCAAUAAGGAAGAACGAACAGAACUAUUCUCGGCUCAGCUUCCAACUCAACCGAAACUCCUUUCGCUACCCAGUGAGGAACUUUCCAGCCCAAAGCCACUUGGGACAUCACAUCUGCCAACCUCCCAGUCAGCAGACAGGACCCUUCACGGCAUGCGCUCAAGAGCACGCUCCCCACAGACUCACACUGCAGGGGACAGAGCCCCUCAUCUGGCAUCACCUUCCAUCACCAGCACUGUGUCAAAAUCCGUGGUGCACAGCAGGCCCUUGUCCCCUUCUGGAAGGAGUGAGGCUGAGCCUGGGGAGAAGUUGCUCUCAGAAGCCUCCGACGACAGCCUAAGCGAUUUUCGAAUAAAUAUUUUAUCCCUUGAUGAUCUGGUUCCAGCUGUCAGUGAGAAAUCAGAACAGAAAAAAGACGAUCAGAGGGAAAAGGCAUCCAGCCAAAGCUCCUGGGCCUGGGGCCCCACAACUGAAAGUGAGGUCUCAGAGCUCCUGAGUGAGGCGUUGGCCUCCUCUGCUGGGCCCCAGAGCACUUCCAGCCUGAGGCCAGCAUCUGAGGAACCUACAGCCAGCACGGUGAGCUUGACUUACUCGGAAGAUUUCAACAGAUCCCCAAGUCCGACAGCAUCAGAGCCAGUCUCCCAUUCUGAGGAGUCUCCAGACAGGACACUAGCCACUUUGUCUGAACUCUCUGCAAGCCUGAAGAUAGACCAUCCCCCACCAACAUGCAUGUCUCGGAAAAAACGGUCCAGGGAUGCUAGAAGAGUCAUGGUGAAGGAGACGGCCGCGCAGACCCUCGAUCCCGCCUUUACCUACCAGUGGACGAAGGGUAAGCAUGUGGCUUCAGGGCCCGAGGGGGGAGGCGCAGGCCAUGGCAGCAGUGAUAGGCACUCAGGCUGUGCUCUGCAGCCGUCCUUGCAGUCCCUGACAGCUUACAGCCCCGCCGUGUUAGCGCUCAAUGACAUGCUGAAGCAGCAGCUGAGCCUGACGCAGCAGUUCAUCGAGGCUAGCAGGCACCUGCACGGGUCCCUUCUGCAGUCCCUGGACCAAGACUCGUACCACUACCACACCUUGGAGGAAACCAAAGAGUACAUCAGGCACCACCGGCCCGCCCCGCUGACCAUGAAGGAUGCUCUGGAAAAAGUGAACAAGGAGCUGUGAGCGCCAGGUGAGGCUAGACUGAUGGGUCUCAUCUAAUGAGCUGGGCCAGUGUACUGGCUGACACGUUAGUGGCCAGGGGACAUUCAGUGGGGAGGGGGACAGGUGGUACCCAGUACUCACCUGGGUGGAAUCCAGCUCCCACCUUUUCUGAGUAGUUGAUCUCUCCCAGCCCCCAAUUCCUUGGUGUGUCCGGCACCUGAGAAUAACCACAGACCAGUGGAAACGGAAUGCAGGUGGCGCUCCAGUACCACUCAUGGCAGGACAGAAGAUGCCAGCUUGUCAGGAGCCCUGCGGAGCAGCUCCACCCAGCCAGGCUCUGGCUUCCCCAAGAGCCAAGGUAGAUGGGGGUAUGAGAAGCACCCCGUUCCCUAACGAGGACACAGGGCCAGGGGUCCAUACUGAGGACUCCUGUGUGACAC